GUGCGCUUUUUGUUUCGUCACAUACGUCUCACGCACACUUUCACGCCAGAAUUGAGGGUAUCUUUCCACACCUCCUUAUACGUGUCUCGUUAUUCAAGUCACCGUCUCCAAGAUGGAGAUUCAAUCCAAGACUUCCGACGUCGAGUUGCGGCGAAUGCAUUCCGGAUCUAAAGCUGCAGAGAGUGACGACGCCGCCUUAGGGAGGCUGGGAAAGAAGUCUGUAUUGAAGAGACGAUUUGCCUUUCUUUCGAUCCUUGGAUUUAGCUGCACAGUUCUGGUUACAUGGGAGGCAACAUUAAUUUUGUUCCUAGUCGGGUUUCAAAGUGGCGGCCCCGCCGGCGUCAUCUACGGAUACCUUCUCGUGUGGGCAGGAACUGUAUCAACCUUCAUCGUGCUCUCUGAGCUGGUAUCUAUGGCACCUACUUCGGGUGGCCAGUACCAUUGGGUAUCCAUGCUCGCACCACGAAGCCUGCAAAAGGCAUUAAGCUAUGUCGCCGGGUGGCUCACCUUGUGCGGUUGGCAAGCCUCCGUCGGCUCAGGCGCAUAUCUGACCGGAACACUGGUGCAGGGGCUCCUCAUCCUCACUCAACCAACCUACCUUCCCAAAAACUGGCACGGCACGUUGUUAUACUGGGCGAUCAUGGUAUUUGGAGUCAUUAUAAAUGUCUCAGCUGGGUGGCUUCUACCUAAGUUUGAAGGUCUACUUCUUGUCCUUCAUAUCGUCGGGUUCUUUGGGGUCAUGAUACCGCUGUUGACACUUGGCCCAAGGGGAGAGACCAAAGAGGUAUUCACAACAUUCAUGAAUCUCGGAGAAUGGAAGACGCAGGGAUUGUCCUUCUGCAUUGGACUUAUGGGAAGCGUUUUUGCAUUUGUUGGUGGAGAUGGGGCCAUCCAUAUGAGCGAGGAGAUCCAGAAUGCGGCCGUGGUAGUACCUCGGUCUCUCAUGACUGGAAUCAUGAUCAAUGGGUCAUUAGGCUUCGCUAUGAUUCUCACUCUCCUCUUCAGGGCUGGAGACAUAGAGCAGGCCCUUCAGGAGAACCCAGCAUAUCCUUUUAUGGCUAUCUUCAAACACGCAGUCAACUCAACCGCCGGGGCGGCCAUAAUGGCGUCGUUAAUUAUGGUAUUAGCUACCAGCGCCACAGUUGGGCUGCUCGCAUCCUCUUCCCGAGUUUUCUGGGCAUUCUCGCGAGACAAGGGACUUCCGGGAUGGCGUUUCUUGAGUCAGAUCAGCGCGAGAACAUCAAUUCCGGUCUAUUCCGUCGCGGCAACAACACUUAUAGCGUGCGUAUUGGCCUUGGUCAACAUCGGCUCCUCUACGGCGUUCAACGGCAUCAUCUCCGUUUCCAUCGCAGGUCUCUUCUCAUCCUACCUAUUGGUCUCAGUCCUUUUAUUAUAUCGACGCUGUACGGGGGGUAUAGUGCCCGCUGGGAAAGUCAGCAUUGGUGGAAACAGAUCCUCGGCUGUCACUGGAGAAAGCGCUCCUCCAAUUCUUUGGGGGCCCUGGAGGAUACCCGGAGCCCUCGGUAUUGCCAACAACAUCUUUGCCUGCGUUUACCUUACGUUCAUCCUAUUCUUUAGCUUCUGGCCCAGCUUCUCCCACGUCAGCCCACAGAACAUGAACUGGUCGAUCCUCGUGACAGGCUUUGUAGCUGUCUUCAGUACUCUGUACUACCUUCUUUGGGCAAAAAAGACUUACAAAGGUCCGGUCGUUGAGGUCGAGCCAAGGUAUGUGGACGAUGGCUUUGCAUGAAGCAUGCCCCUUGGAGUGAGAUUUUGGGGCGUUGGUAAUAGGCUUAAGAAAUGCGACGCGGCUGUUGUUAUUUGAGCUCCACCAUUCUAUUCAUUGCUCAUCCGCCCGGAGGAUGCCACAAGCGACAAGCCUUUGAGCGGGAAGUGUUCGGUUUAGGCGGAAUUCGGACCUUUCCAUCAGCUUUGUUUUAUUUCAUUCGAAAAUCUCAGGAUUGACGGAUCUCACAAGAUUUUCAAUAUCUUCACAUUUUAGAUGUCGUGAAAGCAAGUAUUACAAAACCCGGU